AGGCAUGAGGCUGGCAACCCUGGCGGAACGAAGUCAUUUUCAUUUCACAAAUCGUAAAAGAGGUUAUUAGCUUUUUUUACUGAGAUAAACAGUUAAUUUUAAAAUAUUUCAGUUUUUUUGCUGCGGUUUGGUUACCGGUCUAUUAGUUCCCGUCGUCGAGACUUUUCGCAGUGAAACCAAAGUGCCCAACCAAUUCAGCCUUACUUAUCUGCAUUUUAAAUGACAGCUGUAUGACUAAUAGGCGGUACCUCCGAUGAAGACAGACACCCAGGGACUCCGUUCUGGCAGAAUGCUGUUGUGAUAACGCAAGACGAAGAUGUCGAAAAACAACCUGAAUGGUUCUAGAAGCGUCUCCUCAAACAGUUUUAACAGUUUCAUGUCAGAUGGGGAGAUUAUCGAGGCAGGGCUCGAGGACCUCAGCCUCACCAACAACAAAAACCACAACAGGCCCUCCUCUACCUCCAAAACGCAGAAAGCUAAAAGGAUCAGAUUUUACCACAAUGGCAAUAAGUUCUUUAACGGAAUUGUGAUACCAGUGGCCCCAGAGAGGUACAGGUCUUUUGAUAGCCUCACUGCAGAGUUAACAAACAUCAUGACAAAAAAUGUAACCCUUCCUAGUGGAGUAAGAAACGUAUAUUCAAUGGAUGGCAAAAAGGUGUGUAGUAUAGAUGACCUGGAAGAUGGAAAAGAAUACGUGGUGUGCGGCAAAGGAGAAAUUUUCAAGAAAAUCGAAUAUACGAAGACCGACACGCUGAAGUCAAAGAAACUGUCCAAUACGAAAUUCAACGUACAAAAUACCCCUCCAAAUAACCCUCCAAGGAUCAUCCCUCCCGAUUGCGUUCGACCCAGGAUAGUUACUAUUAUUAGGAACGGCAUCAAACCCAGAAAGAUUCUGCGACUACUGCUGAACAAGCGCAACUCGAGCAGUACAGAACAGAUCCUGGGCGCAUUUUCCGAGACAACCCAGCUGGCAGUCCGUAAGGUGUUCACAUUAUCUGGACAAGCAGUCACAGAUUUGCCUCAUUACUUCGGAUCCGAGGAUGUGUUCUUAGUGUACGGCAAUGAAAGACCGCAGCAAGUUGACUUUGAGUUGGAGUUUGAAGAAAGCAAGGCGGUGCAGCAGUAUAGGCGGACACCAGGAGUCAGGAACGGGAGUGGUCCAAAACCUAAGAUGCCUAAAAAAGAACUGAACAGAACGUAUGAGUCUGAAGAGAGCUUACUUAAGAAGUUAAGUGAAGAUAACAAUCUAGUUUUACCAUUGCCUUUAAGAAAUAAAUAUAUUGUAGGGAGAACAAUAGGAGAUGGCAAUUUUGCUGUCGUUAGGCUAUGCAAAGAUACAAGUACGAAUAAAGAUUAUGCUUUGAAGAUAAUAGAUAAAUCCAAGUGUAAAGGAAAGGAAGAUAUGAUAGAAAAUGAAGUAAAAAUAUUGAGCAAGGUGAAUCAUCCUUACAUAAUGUCAUUAAUAGAAGAGCAAGAUACAAAGAGUAUGUUGUACUUAGUUUGUGAAUAUGUGAAUGGUGGAGAUCUAUUUGAUACGAUAGCAGUAGCGCAGAAAUUUUCAGAAGAACAGGCUGCGCUUAUGAUAAACAAUUUAGCUUCAGCUUUGGCUUAUCUACAUAGUAUGAAUAUCGUUCAUAGAGAUGUGAAGCCAGAAAAUCUAUUGGUUGAAUUAGAAAAUGGUAAAGUGCGGCUGUUGAAAUUGGGCGACUUUGGAUUAGCCUGCGAAGUAACAAAGCCUUUAUACACAGUCUGUGGUACGCCUACAUAUGUAGCACCAGAAAUCCUAGCAGAAUCCGGCUAUGGUCUUAAAAUUGACGUAUGGGCCGCUGGAGUGAUCCUAUACAUCCUUCUGUGCGGAUACCCUCCAUUCGUCAGUCAAGACAACGAUCAGGAGAAACUCUUCGACUGCAUACUGUCUGGUCAGUAUGAUUUCCCCGAUGAGUAUUGGCAAGACGUAUCUCCACUAGCCAAGGAACUCAUCCAGAAUAUGCUUCAGUUGGAUCCCGCGUUGAGGCUAUCAGCUGAAGAUGUGUUAGACCAUCCGUGGUUGGGCUGGAACGAGACGGUCUCUAAGUGAAUGUCAUGUGUCUCGAAUAGUGUGGUUGUAGGUGUUUGUAUUUGAUCUCAGACAUCACAGAUGAUUCUGAUGGUGAUGACGGCGGUAUGGAGUAAUUUUAGAAGAAGGUGGAAGUAUAAUGGUGAUGCUAAAAAAAUGUAUAUUCCGAUUGGAUCGAUUUUAAAUUGCGCAGUAUAUUUAGCAGGUGAGAUCGUGUUGUAAUUUUAGCUGGAAUAUUUCGAUCAUGACUGAAUGCAAAUGAUAAAUUAAUGUACUGUUCUGAAAUUAGUACAUUCAAUUUUGAAAAAUCUUGACAAUACACAAUGUCAAUUAAAAGAAGCCGUGUGCAACUUUUUGUGUUCAUUUAUGCACCUGACUUGAAUCGCACGAUAAUGCCUCUCGACGAUGAUCAACAAACAGAUGUUUCUAUCUGACUUCAUUAUCGAACAUUGUUGGAUGAUACUGUCGCAUGCAUGAGUGGGUGCUUACAUUUGACAGAAUACAAAAAGAUUGGAAAAAGAUAUCAUAUGAAAACGUCUCAAAAAUUGCGAGAAACAAUAUUUGUUUUAUACAGGGUGACUCAAAAAUAAUGGCAAUAUUCUCUAGAGUAGAAAGUACUUCCAAAAAUAGCAAACAUUUUCUGUAAUAUAUGUUCCAAAGUAUCUCUUCAGUCUCUAGACCACUUAUAAGAUUAAAUAAGAGCAUAUAGUUAAAAAAACGCAACUUAAAACUACUCUUCUAUAACAAACACUACAUACAAUUCUAACAUCAUAUAUCACUAACUCCAUCCUAGUUCCAAAGUACAACAAAGUAAAGUCAUUUUUUUCCAAGACGGUUGGUCUGAUGAAUAUUUCUCAAGAGAAGCAAGUUAUGUAAUAUUGAAUACCUUAUUCAAAGGGAUUUGGACGUUUCAAAAAGAUCAGUGGCGCAGAAAAUUGUUUUAUUUUCUCUUGUGUAGGGAGCAAAAUUUCGACGCCACUGCUGUAGUAUCAGGGUCAAACAUUUUUGUAUAUAUUAGUAAUGCAUAUAGAAAAUUUUUAGUCAAUACCUCAAUCCACAACGAAGAUAUUAUUUCGAUUUCAAAAUUAUAACUUCAGCACCCUGUAUCAUUUUGAACCCAUGUUUGUAGCAGUUUUUGAUUUUAACUCCUGAUGUAUUUUAUGUUACAGAAAUAUUGCCAUUGUUUCCUGAACCUACAUAUCAUAUGCAUAAAUUGUUUAUAACAAACAUAAUUAUUAGAUUUUGGGAAAUUUCCAAAAGUUACUACAUCAAUUAUCAUUUCAUACAUAAAUUUACGCAGGUUUUAUUUUUGAUAUCUGCGAUAUAUUGCAAAAAACCAACUUUGUUUAGAUGAAUUGUGAAGUUUUUUACCACAUACUGCAUUCUAGUCCUCUGAAUUUGGAUUUUGUAAGUCUUGAACUAGCCUUGCAUUUCAUCAUCAUUUCUUUCAAUUUGCGCUUUAUACUUACUCGAAUUUAAUACUGCUUAAAAAGAGGAACUCUGCUGUUUGAUCCGUCGUUUUUACCAUGCAAUAUUACUCCAUACCUUUGCCGUAUUUAUAUAGCAAUCGACAAUGUGCAUUAUUCGCCAAAAGAAAAUUGACUUUCUGCUCCAAUUUAAAUGCGUUCAAUAGAAAAUCAGCUUUUUUGCUAUGUAAUUCAAUACAUAAUGGGUUAAUAGUCAGCAAAGUCAAUUAUUUUUGGCAUUGAAAAUCAAUUGCUCAUAGAUGAAUUUUAAGAAUCGACUCUAACAGUUUGUUAACGAUGAAAUUUUUAAUGUAGGUGAUACCAAAAACCUACAUUUGUGAGUGUGAUGUUUCUAAAAUCGAUUUAAAAUCUUUGACAGUGGAAUAAUAUGUCCCUAAGUAAUAUUCUUCAUGGAGUGGUAACGGACCAUGGAGAUGUUUGUGCCUCUACAAAAAAAUAUUUGAUCAUAGAAACACAUAAAACUCUUGCACAAUCCGAUUAGAAAAACGUCAAAUUAAAGUGUACAUUUUUAAAAGCUGCAUUGAAUUAUCAAUUGACGCCUUUGGUGCAAAAAGGUGUUAACUCAGAUCUUAUAGUUUGGAAAUAAUUGGUCUCAAAGUUUAAAUCCUGACAUUUUUUAUUGCUUCUAUUAUUGAAGGUUAUUUUAGACGCGUAUAAUAAAGUAGAGCAGUUUUGUUAAAAAAAUUGUUAUUAUUAGAAAUUUGAAAAAGAUUGUUGAAAAUGUGACACCUUUUUAACAAACUGUUGUUUGCUUGGUCCGGAAAAUGAAAAUAGCAGAACAGUGUUAAUUCAAUGAUGUUAUUUAUUAUAAGUAAACAUUGUUCUUUUUUUAUUACAAACUCACAAAAGUACACCCACUGUAACUAAUUGUCUCUUCUUCUUAAAUUUUGAUAAAAACCUUUAAAAUUUGCUGGUAUUAAGAAAUUUGUUCCUGAAUAUUAGUAAACUUUUUGGCUCCAAUAGGUCGGCUUCUAACGACAUUCAAUAACAAUGGUUCACUUUCUACUCUUCUAUCGAGAUUUCGCUGUUUUCUUACAUCAACAGUAGUCCAAUUUUCCGUUUUAAUAAAAGAGUAUUUGUACUUGGUUACACCAGAUUCUUCAAUCUGGAUCCAUCUUACAUCACUGAAUGAACAUUUCUUAUUAGUUGUAGUUCUCUUGGAAGUUCCUUAAUAUUAACAAAUUUGUUCGUCAUUCUUGUGAUGUUAAAAGGUGUUUGUUCUUGGCUUCUGCCAUGAUUGAAAUAUAUUGAUCCACCAUAUAAAUUAGUUGAUGCUUUCCGAUAGACUAUUCUAUAGCUGCAAAAUCUCUAUCAGAGUCCAUGAAGGUAUGUCCAACUUCAGGGAACUUAUGGUCAAUUUUUUUGAACACUCCAGGGAUUAUUAGGUAGUGCCAUAGACAGACAAUAUAAAAAAAUUUCUUUUGCCCACCUGCCGAAUGACUCCGUGCAAUCAGAUGAUCGGAAGCCAUGCCUUGGUCCUUGAUAUUUUCCAAAAAGCCAUAAGUGAGCUGCCAAUCUCUUCAGGACCGCGAUUUCCGUGGACGUGGAAAAAACCUUUACUAUUUGGCUGCUGUGUUAUGUGUGCUUUACAAUUUUAAAAAACUAAUUUUUACAUUUUAAGCGAAAACUGAAUCCAUUUUGUUAUAUAAUCUUACAACUUACAACUUCACAUACAUCCAUUUAAAAAAGCAGCCCAAACGUAACAAUCAGAAAACGUGUUCAAACGUAAACAAAUUGAAAUUUGAGUUCAAAAAGGUGUUAAAUCUUGAGUAAACACCUUUUUACCUAGAAUGCAACAGUUAACACCUUUCGAAGUAUACAGAUUACAUUUUUUCAUAUACUUAUAGAUGUACUACCAAAAAAGCAUCCUUUCAACACCUUUUUGCACUGCAAAUCUUAAAAUCCGAAUAAAUUGAGUGAACACCUUCCCGAACCCAAAGUCUUCAAUUGAGAGAUCAAAAGAAAAUAAUAUUGAGCGCAUUCAAAGAAUGACACCAAUGUAGUGCUUUAUUGUCGGCAGCUGUUUGAAUUAGCUAGAUACUGACUAAGCAGUACAACACGGUCAUUCACUGAUAAGCCUUCAUUUUUGGAACAUACAAAAACCGUACCAAAAUAAACGUACUCUGUCCUUUACAAGACAUUGAGUAUUUUUUACUCAUAUCAUUGCUUUUAUUCAAAGCAUUUACUUCUAAUUUACAUUGAGAUAUUUUCAGCAGUUGCUUUAUUGAGUGAGUAUUUUUACCAAUAUUCUAUACCAGAUUCGGGUAUUUCAUUAUUCCUAUAGCAAUUUAAUAUUUCGAGAUAAGUGAAUCAGACUUAAAAUUAAUUAAAACAAUAACAUAAUAUAUUUCUGAACUGAUUCACUUUUUUCUCAAAUUGAAAGAGCCUUCUUAGCUAUUCCUUUAUUCUGAAGAAAAUGCGAUAAAGCGAUUCUUCCGUACACAAAAUUGGCUGACAUAAUUACCUUACCCUAGGUACCCAGCGAGUGGUCAUUUGUAAUCUGACUUGAUCUUUAAUAAGGGAAAAGUUGAGAAUUAGUAAUUUUUGCAUUUCGUGAAUAGUCUGCAGGGUGUGCCAGUUUAAUCUCUCCACCUGUAUAUUUUGAAAAUAGCGUAUUUUAGGGAAAAAAAAGUUUCAAGUAAGAGUUGUACAGUAUCGAGUGGUAAAGUGACCUUUCGAUGUUAUUUCAAGGUCAAGUGAAUAUUUUAAAAUGAAACCCCUGCUUUUCCACUUGAAUGAAAAGAUGAGGAUAUUGUACCUCCGAAUGUGAUCUUAUGACCUUGAUCAUAUCCUUCAAAGCCAUUUCAAGCUCAAAACAAGGCAUUAAAAACAAUUUGCUAUACCAAACAUGUUCAUGGGACCACUCAAUGACCUUGAGCAUGACAUUCAAGAUCAAGUCAAAAUUUACAAAGAAAUUUUGAUUUUUAUAGUGACAGUGGAAAAAGCAGGAAAUUUUUGGUUCGAAUGUGACUUUGACCUCAAACAGUAUUUACGCUUGUCAUUGAGGUCUAGGUCAGAUUUGGAUGUAAAAUUUCCUGUUUGUUGAUUACGUGUAAAAAUGAGAGGUUUCCUUUGGACAUUUUUCUUGACCUUGAAGGACAUGGUCAAAGUUGCCUUUUGCGUGAUCCCCACAGACUACUUAACUGUGCUUGUAGAAAAUUUUUGCUAGAGAAAAUUGUUUUUAUGUCUUGAUUUGACCUUGCAAUAGCGUUGAAGAAAAUAGCCAAGGUCAUGGUAAGGUCUAUAUUCAGACGUAAAAUUUCCUUCUCUUUUCAAUUGCGAUGUAAAAAACCUUGAAAUGACCUCAAAGGUCGUGGCCGAAGUCAUUGUUAAGGUCAGCUUCAUUUUGCUGAAACACUACAAGUUUUGUUUGAAAAUUGAAAAAUUUUGCUAUGGUCGGUAGUUUUAGUAAUACAGGGUGCGGUAGUCAAACCUGCAUUCUUGAAAUUAAUAAAAAAACAGUUGCUUUUUAACAAUUGUAUUGAUACCACGUUAAUUUACGUUAAAAAGCAUGCUGAGGGAUUAUUUCGAUUCCUGACGGAUUCUCGCCUUCAGUUCUUCAAGAGUACGAGGCCGAGUUUUUUCGAAAAUGUUGCUUUUUAUGUAGCCCCACAAGAAAAAAUCACAUGCACUGUGCCCCACACAAAAAUCACCCGAUUUGGGAAAACUUCGUUGAGGAGAUUCAUGCUCACGCGGGCCGCGUGGCUUGUGGCUCCAUCUUGUUGAAAUAACGUUUCAUCAUUCGGUCCAUGUUCGCGAAGUCGAGGAAUAAAGAAUGUUCGUAACAUUUCCGAGUAGCGCUCCGCAUUCACGGUAACAGCUUGUCCCCUUUCAUCUUCAAAAAAGAAUGGUCCUAUGCUUCCCGUUGAAGACAUUGAUAAAAUGCCUUUAUAGCGAAGGCGCGUUCUUGCUUAGACCACUGAUCCAUGGCUACUGAAAUGCUUUUAACGGGCGAACACAACGGUAAGCUUGACAACUCGCCCCACCCACUUUCUUGGCUAGCGCGAUUUUUUCAAGAUUGCAGGUUUGAUUGCCGCACCCUGUAUUAAGUUAGACAGAGGGAUUAAAAUGGGACACUGCAUAAAUGGUAUGAGCCUAUAGAAACGAUAUUCCCGUGUUUGGUAUACCCAAGAGGAACGCUAGCGCCAAAGGUGAAUUCCUUGCAAGAACGUAUAAGUCAGGUUGUAUCACUACCUUAAUAGGUGCACUCUCUCAUGGUGUGCGACGUACGAGGUGUGUUCAAAAAGUAUCGAACCUUUGGUUUGGAUGAUUUAGAGCCCCGAAACUUUAAUCCUCUUUAAAGUAGUCUCCUUGGCGAUGCACACACCUCUCCCAGCGCUUCUGCCAUUUUUGGAAACACUCCAGGAACGCAGUUUUUGGAAUGGUGUUUAGCCGGUCCGUCGAAUUCGCAUGAUUGUGUUUGGGUAUCGUCAAGAUUAUAGCAACUCAUCUUCACACGUAGACCGACUGCCAGCAACUGACGCUAUCUGCGGGCGGGAAAAAAUUCCGGGCUACGCAUGAAUGUCCCCUCCACAUCUUUACCAAGUCUAUCGCGCUUCAUUGGUUUACGAGGCGACAUUUCAGUUUCGAUACUUUUUGAACACACCUCAUAUAUCAGAUCGAAAUCUAACAAAACGUGAUACUUUUCUUUUUUGAUUAAAGAUGAAACAUCCUCGUGCUGUAUUAGCUGAAUGCUACCUUUGGAGUUUAGCUUUCUUGUUUUUCUUAUGGUGUAGUCUACGAGUCAAGGAGAUUCAACCAAAAUACCCUGUAUGUAAUCAAGCGAAGCAGUAGAUUAAAUAAUACCAGAGAGCUAUUUAAAUUCAGUAUAUAAUCAUUAUAAAAAUUAUGUUUAACUGAAUCGCCUUGGCAGUUAGGAAUAAAUAUCGAACGUGUAGUGACAGAAAAUUUGCUUGAAUCAAUUGUCUUUUCUAUUAAUUUUUUUAAUUGAAUGGUGAAUCGAGACUUAAAAAGUAUUAUUUAUUAUAUGUUAUUUAAUUUUGUAUGUAGUAUAGACAGUGAAAUUUAUAAUGCUAUAGACUACGUAUACAUAUUCGUUUCUCUUUUUAUACAUUAAUUUUUAGUGACAGAAAUGCUGUAAAGUUAAAUUAGAAUGUAAAUAAAUUAUUUAAAUACA